CGCCCAGGGACUUGGAAGACAUUCUAAAGGGGAUAUUCAGCUUCAAUGGUUGGGUUCAAAGAGAUCCUAGUAGCGGUUGUUCUCUCCUUCAUUUUUCUUGUCCAUUGGAGUUGGAACAGAAAUUCUCCCGUUAGAAUUUGGCCAGUGGUUGGGAUGCUACCGGGGGUUCUUCACAACAUAGGCAGACUCCAUGAUUUUUUCACUGAAGUUUUGGAACGAGGUAAGGGCACUUUACAGGUCAGAGGACCUUGGUUUUCUAACUUGAAUUUUGUGUUGACAAGUGAUUCCAGGAACGUGCAACACAUCCUGAGCAAAAAGUUUGAAAACUUUCAACGGGGGCCUGAGUUUAGGGAGAUAUUUGAAGCCUUGGGAGAUGGUAUUUUCAAUUCUGACGGAGACUUGUGGAAAACCCAACAGAAAUCUCUCCACUCAUUGAUAAAAAACACUAAGUUCGAGUUGGCGGUGCAGAGAAUUCUCUCUCAGAAACUCGAACGAGGUUUGAUCCCAAUUCUUGAAAGUUGCUCCGUGCUCGACAUGCAAGAUGUGUUCCACCGCCUCACGUUCGAUGUCAUUUGCCUUUUGGUUCUUGGAUUUGACCCAAAUUGUCUUUCCAUUGAAUUCCCUAAUGUCUCAUGUGAGAAGGCAUAUGAUGUCAUGGAGGAGGCUGCUCUGUAUCGUCAUUUUGUUCCAACUGGUUUUUGGAAGCUGCAGAGAUUGCUCCAAGUGGGAGAAGAGAACAAAUUAAGAAGAGCUUGGGAAACCUUUGAUAAGUUCUUAUAUGACCAGAUUUUGCUGAAGCAUGAAAAGUUAAGCACAAAAAAUGCAGGGAAGGAAGAAGAAUUUGACUUACUAACAGCUUUCAUGUUAGGAGAAUCUGGCGAAAAAUCCAACAGAUUUUGGAGAGACACUGCAUUUAGUCUCUUGGCAGCAGGGAGAGACACGGUGGCUGCAGCUUUAGUUUGGUUCCUCUGGCUUGUUGCUACACAUCCAUCCGUGGAAGAGAAGAUCUUAGAAGAGAUCAAAGUGAAGAAUAUGCAUACCAAUGAAGAUAGUAAGUGGAAGAUUUACAGUGUAAAAGAGAUGAGCCAGCUAGUUUAUCUCCAUGGAGCUAUUUCCGAGGCCUUAAGGCUGUAUCCACCAGUACCAUUUGAGCACAGAGCAUCAGUUCAGCCAGACAUUCUUCCAAGUGGUCAUCCUGUUGGUAGAAACACCAAGAUAUUUCUCUCUCUGUACUCAAUGGGGAGAUCUAAAGAAAUAUGGGGUGAAGAUUGCUUGGAAUUCAAACCCGAAAGGUGGAUUUCGGAGCAAGGAGGCGUUGUGCACAUACCUUCUUACAAGUUCAUGCCCUUUCUUACAGGACCCAGGACCUGUUUGGGCAAAGACACAGCCUUCUACCAAAUAAAAACUGUUGCUGUGGCCGUUAUCCAGAAUUAUCAUGUCAAGGUUCUGGAAAAUCAUCCUGUGACUCCAAGUCCUUCUAUUAUACUCAAAAUGAAGCAUGGUUUGCUUGUUAGAUUGAGCAAAAGGCACCACUAGGGGAAAUAAAUCCAGGUCACACGACAUACACGUCUACUCUUCGAGUUAUGUCAUGCUGGAUUAGUGGCAUAUUCUCCAAUUCCUAGAAGUGACAAAUAAAUGAAUAAUGUCGACGUCCGAAUUUAUUGUUCGGAUUAGGUUCUAAAAUUUAUGCAUCUUGCUUAUAUUUUCCUUGUUUUAACGUACCAACUAGCAAAGUACAAUAUCCACUACCAAAGUACUAUUAUGAUGCAACGUUUCAGUGGCCAAAUUUGCACUUAAUAAAGGGCAGUAUCCGAG